AUGCAGGAGCGGCCGAACUUGCCUCGGCGCCCUCCUCUCGCCGGCUGGAGUCCUCCUGCCGCCCUCUGAUCCUCAGCCAUGAGUCCUCCAGGGACGCACUAGCCGCGCGCUGCCCACGGAUUCCCCCCCUUCCCCGCUCUCCCAUUCCUGUUCCCUGGGGAGGGGGAAGGCUUCUCCUUCGUUGCUAUUACUCGGUCCUUUGGCAAAGGCAUCGGUGAAGAUGGCGAGGGACGAGAGGGCUGCGGGAACGACUAACGUGGUGCUGCUGGCGCUGCUGGUGGCCGCGGCCGUGCCCCCCAGCUCGGAGGGACAGCCGGUCUCCUUCCAUGCGGACGUGAACGGCCACAGCUUGCACCCGCCUUAUUUCAACCUGGCCGAAGGAACCAAGAUUUCGGCCACCGCGACCUGCGGCGAAGAGGAGUCCGGCGCCAAUACCCUCAGACCCGUGGAGGACUUGUACUGUAAACUCGUGGGCGGGCCGGUGGCAGGAGGGGAGCCUAACCAGACCAUCCAGGGGCAGUACUGUGACAUCUGUUCAUCAGCAAACAGUAACAAAGCUCAUCCCAUCACCAAUGCUAUCGAUGGCACUGAACGCUGGUGGCAGAGCCCACCUCUUUCUCGCCGGCUGGAAUUCAACGAGGUCAACGUCACCUUGGAUCUUGGGCAGCUGUUCCACGUGGCCUACGUUCUGAUCAAGUUUGCGAAUUCUCCACGUCCAGACUUGUGGGUACUUGAGCGGUCUACUGAUUUUGGACUUACAUAUGAGCCUUGGCAGUACUUUGCCUCUUCCAAAAGAGAUUGUAUAGAGAAAUUUGGCCUGAAGACUGUGGAACGGAUUACCAAAGAUGAUGAUGCCAUCUGCACCACCGAAUAUUCUCGCAUAGUGCCCUUGGAGAAUGGAGAGAUUGUAGUCUCUUUGGUGAAUGGGCGUCCAGGAGCGAUGAACUUUUCGUACUCCCCUCUCCUGAGGAAUUUCACCAAAGCCACCAACAUUCGUUUACGUUUCCUGCGGACCAACACACUGCUUGGUCAUCUGAUGGGAAAGGCAUUACGGGACCCUACCGUGACUAGGAGGUAUUACUACAGCAUCAAAGAUAUAAGCAUUGGAGGACGAUGUGUAUGCCACGGUCAUGCUGACGUUUGUGAUGCCAGAGACCCUACGGACCCUUACAGGUUACACUGUGACUGUCAGCACAACACCUGUGGAGGGUCGUGUGACCAUUGCUGUCCAGGCUUCAACCAAUUCCCAUGGAAACCAGCCACUACGGACAGUGCCAAUGAAUGUGAACCCUGCAAUUGCAACGCGCAUGCCUAUGAUUGCUAUUAUGACCCAGAGGUUGACCGCCACAGAGCCAGCAAAAAUCGAAAUGGCCUGUUUGAAGGAGGAGGUGUAUGCAUUGAUUGCCAGCAUCACACAGCAGGCAUCAACUGUGAGAGAUGCAGCCCAGGAUACUAUAAAUCCCCAGACCAUCCGAUCGAUUCACCAUACAUUUGCUACCGUUGCAAUUGUGAGUCAGACUUCAUGGAUGGCACCUGCGAGGACCUCACUGGCCGCUGUUAUUGCAAGCCAAAUUACACAGGGGAGGACUGUGACGCUUGUGCGGAUGGUUAUGUGGACUUUCCACAUUGCUACUCAGUGCCAGUUUUCUCUUACAAUGAUACUGGAGAGCAAGUCCUACCAGCUGGGCAGAUAAUAAACUGCGACUGCAACGUGGCCGGCACCAGAGGGAAUGCCUGCCGGAAAGAUGCUCAGAUUGGGUUGUGCUUGUGUAAACCCAACUUCCAGGGGACCCAGUGUGAUCAGUGUGUGCCUGGGUAUUACGGACCAAAUUGUCAGCCCUGCCAGUGCUCGGGAGCCGGCUUCACUGAGGGCACGUGUGACAGUGAGACAGCUCAGUGUCUCUGCCGGACUGGAUUUGAAGGAUAUGCAUGUGAUCGGUGUGCUCCUGGCUAUUUCAACUACCCACUGUGUCAACUUUGUGGCUGCAGUGCGGUUGGCACAUUGCCGGAAGGCUGCGAUGCUUCUGGGAGAUGUUAUUGUAGGCCUGAGUAUGACGGGCCUCGCUGUGACCAGUGCAGCUUCGGAUAUCAUUCGUAUCCUCAUUGUCAAGCUUGCUCCUGUGACCCCCUGAGAUCCGUGGACAAUGACUGCAGCCCCAUUGGUCAGUGCCGCUGCCAUUCCAAUUACAUAGGCCACACAUGUAAUCAGUGUGCCCCAGGCUUCUAUGGGUAUCCUACCUGUUCAGCUUGUCAGUGUUCCACAGAAGGCUCUCUCUACGGGACCUGUGAUCAGGAGACUGGGCAGUGCACCUGUCGUCCUAGAGUAAUAGGACUGCGCUGCGAUGCUUGUAUUCCUGGAGCUUAUGGAUUCCCACACUGUGAAGUGGGAUCUUGUAAUCCUGCUGGGCUUGCAAAUGAAGACCUAUCCCUGCCACCAGAGGGUUCCUGUGAAUGCCGGGCAUAUGUGGAAGGUGAAGCUUGCGAUAGGUGCAAACCUCUGUACUGGAACUUGACUCCUGAUAACCCGUUCGGAUGCAUAAGCUGCCAGUGUGACACAAUGGGGACUAUUGCAGGUGUGGCUGAAUGCCAGCAGGGUAACGGACACUGUUUUUGCAAGCCCAACAUCUGUGGCCAGUUCUGUUCAACCUGCAAAAAAGGAUACUACAACCUGGACGGUGGGAGUUACUUUGGCUGUCAGGGAUGCCACUGCGACAUCGGCGGGUCAGUCGGUCCUGUGUGUGAGGAGAAGACGGGAUCCUGCCGCUGCAGAGCGAACACCCAAGGCCCGGCAUGCACUCAACCAGCAAAGGACCAUUAUAUCCCUGAUCUUCACCACCUGAAAUAUGAGCUUGAAGAGGGAACUACACUGGAUGGGAAGCCUGUUCGCUUUGGCUACAACCCUCUGGAAUUUGAGGAUUUCAGCUGGAGAGGAUACACACAAAUGUCUCCCAUCCAGAACAAGGUCAAAGUCACAGUGCAUGUGAGAGAAGGAGAGCUCUAUCUCUUCCACAUCAUUCUGAGAUAUAUUAAUUCAGGGGGUGGCACUGUGUAUGGCAAGAUCACAGCUUCUCAGCCACGAAGAAAAGGUACUGAGCAAAUGAAGCAGAUUGUAUUUGCACCUGCCAAAGAGCCAACCUUUGUCACUGUUCCUCAGAACAGCUUUGGCGAGCCAUUCGUGCUGAGCCCUCAGGUGUGGUCUCUGGUCAUUGAAGCCGAGAACGUACUGCUGGAUUACCUGGUCCUGCUGCCCAGUUCCUACUAUGAGGCUCCAAUACUGCAGAUGAAAGUCUCGGAUCCUUGUACUUAUAGUCCAGCUCCGGAACAAACAGGUCAAAAUUGCCUGCUGUAUAAGUUUGUGCCUGUGGAACAGUACCCUUUUGGGUCAGGGGAAGACGCUUUGUGCAAGGUGGACAACAGCUUACCAAGACCCUGCGUGAGGGGGAAGGUCUCCCCUACAUCCCCUGACUUGGUGGUUUGCAGUGGCAGUGAUGUGGAAGUGCAGAUGUGGGUUGGUGUACCCCAAUCAGGAAGGUAUGCGCUGCUGGUGGAAUAUGCCAAUGAGAAUACUCCACAAACAAUCGGCGUGGAAGUGAGGUCACCACAGCAUGUCGUUCAUCAAGGCACUCUUACUUUGUACACCUGCAAGUACAGUUUCCUUUGCCGUGGUGCAGUUUUAGAUUCACUAAAUCGCUUGGCAGCUUUUGAACUGAGCACAGAGGCGACAAUUAAAUUCACUGCUGAUUGGGCGCAUUUCUUCUUGUACAAGGUCUACUUGGUCCCAUAUGAACAAUUCACUUGGGAGUUUGUGGAGCCAAAGGUCCAUUGUAUCAGCACCCAUGGAACAUUCUCACCAAAUAGUAGCUCCUGUGUCCCAUCAAGGUACCAGAAGAUUUCACAGUCAGUUGUCCUGGAGGAGGGGCAGUUCCUACCAGUUGCACCAGACUUCCCUCUGAUUCAUGCCUUUAGUAUCCCCCCAGUGGCUUCUCCACCUGUACCUCCAAUUCAUCCCCCUACCUUGCUGGACUCCUCUGCAGAGCUCAUCCUGCUGCAGGCUCCCCAGACUGCCAUUGUGUUUCGUGGCCGCGUCCAAAGUCUGGGACUCUAUGCCUUCAUUUUGCACUGCUACCAGCCCAGUUACCCAACUUUCCCCGUGGAAGUGUUGAUCAAUGGUGGACGGAUUUGGCAGGGACAAGCUAAUGCCACUUUCUGCCCACAUGGAUAUGGCUGCCGAAGUCUUGUGGUUUCAGAGAACCAGACUGUCCUGGAUGUGGCAGAUAAUGACCUGAGUGUGAUCAUCCGUGUGCCAAAGGACCGACACCUUUGGCUUGACUAUAUCCUUGUGGUUCCAGAGAGCAGUUACGGCUCCAGCUACCUUUCAGAGGAACUGAUGGACAAAUCGUAUGAUUUCAUCAGCAGUUGCGGCCUCAAUGGCUUCUAUAUCAACCCUGCAACUUCAUCCAGGUUCUGCCAGGACUCUGCCGCCUCCAUCUCUCUUUUUUACAACAACGGGGCCCAACCUUGCCACUGCCACGAGGCGGGUGCCGUUCGAAGUCAGUGCGAAGCGUUUGGUGGGCAGUGCACGUGCAAGUCGAAUGUCAUCGGGCGAGCAUGUUCCCGCUGCGCCACUGGCUACUGGGGUUUUCCCAAUUGCAGACCUUGCGACUGUGGGCCCCGCCUGUGUGACGAAGUGACGGGGCAGUGCAUCUGUCCACCGCACACCGUUCAGCCAGAGUGCACCGUCUGUGAGCCCCAGACGUUUGGCUGCCACCCGCUGGUAGGCUGUGAGGACUGCAACUGCUCCAGCCCUGGAAUCCAGGAUCAGACGGAGCCAGGCUGUAAUGUAGAGAGCGGCCAGUGCAGAUGCAAGCCAAACAUAGUAGGACGUCAGUGUGACCUCUGUGCCCCAGGUUACUACGGGUACCCAAAUUGCAGGAGAUGUGACUGCCACCUGGCGGGGACAAAAGAAAGUGUGUGUGAUCCAGUCACAGGGCAAUGUCACUGUAAGGAAAAUGUGGAAGGUCCAAAGUGUGACCAGUGCCACCUGGGGACUUUCUCUCUGGAUGCCAGCAAUCCAAAAGGCUGCACCAAGUGCUUUUGCUUCGGGGCAACGGACCGCUGUCACAGUGCAGAGAAGUACCGCGUACAGUUUAUUGACAUGAGUGGGUGGACUUUGUUGAGUGGAGACCGCCAGGAAGUCCCCACCUCGGUCAGCCUGGAGGAAGAGAGCAUCCAUGCUGACCUCCGGAAUUUUGCUGGGGACUUCCAGGAACUUUACUGGCAUGCUCCCAGACCCUACCUUGGAGACCAGGUUUCUUCCUAUGGUGGGUACUUGCGUUACGAGCUGCACUCAGACACGCAAAGAGGAGACGUGUUCAUACCCAAGGAAUCCCGGCCCGAUGUUAUCCUCAAGGGAAACCAAAUGAGCAUUAUGUUUCGUGAAGGUACCUACCCCAUUCCUGGUGAAAUCUAUGAAGGGCAGCUGCAACUGUUGGAGGACAACUUCCGGCACACCGAGACACACAACCCUGUUUCCAGGGAAGAGCUCAUGAUGGUCCUGGCCAAGCUGGAGCAGCUGCAGAUCCGGGCUUUCUUCUCCCAGAUCUCCUCGUCCGUGUCGCUGCACCGGGUGACCCUGGAGAGAGCAACAGAGACUGGUGGAGGCCUCCAAGCCAGUAAUGUGGAGCUCUGCAUGUGCCCGGCCAAUUAUAGGGGAGAUUCCUGCCAGGAAUGUGCUCCAGGCUAUUACAGAGACACCAAGGGUCUCUUCCUAGGAAAAUGCGUUCCAUGUACUUGCAACGGUCAUUCAGAUCAGUGCCUUCCAGGAUCUGGAAUAUGCAUUAAUUGCCAGCACAACACAGAAGGUGAACACUGCGACAGGUGCAAGGAUGGCUUUGUUGGGAACUUGUCACUUGACGGACGUCUGCAGUGCGUGGGAUGCCCCUGCCCCCUUUCAGUUGCAUCUAACAACUUUGCUGUUGGAUGCAUCCAGAAAGGCACCACGACUCAGUGUCUCUGCAAGCCUGGUUAUGCCGGAGUUUCAUGUGAACGAUGUGCUCCAGGUUACUAUGGAAACCCCCUAGUGAUUGGCAGUUCCUGCCAGCCCUGUGAUUGCAGUGGAAAUGCGGAUCCCAACAUGCUCUUCAGUGACUGCGACUCUUUGACUGGAAUAUGCACAGGAUGCAUGCACAACACCGCGGGCCCCCGGUGUGAGGUGUGCGCCCCGGGGUUUUACGGGGAUGCGGUGCUCGCCAAAAACUGUACUGAAUGCAGCUGCCUGUCCUGUGGAACUGACUCAUGUGAUCCCAGAACUGGCCAAUGCCGCUGUAAACCUGGAGUGACGGGUCAGCGCUGCAGCCACUGCCAGGAAGGGCAUUUCGGUUAUGAAACGUGCUCAGGCUGCCAGAGGUGUGAUUGCGAUGUUGGAUCGGUGAGCACGGACUGCCACGCCCAGAAUGGCCAGUGCAACUGCAGUCCGGGCGUAAGUGGCCCCCGAUGCCAGCAGUGCAUCCCUGGCUACUGGGGGCUCAGCCCACAUGGCUGCUCAAAAUGUCAGUGCAAUGGAGGCUCCUGCAACCCCUGGACUGGGGAAUGCACCUGUUCCAAUGGCCUGACAGGGAAGCAGUGCGACACUUGCGUGAAGAAGCAUGAGAUCCCGGUGGUGGAUGGCCCAGACAACACAAGAUGUGAAGCUUGUGACAGUUGCGUGUUGCUCCUGCUGGAAGAUCUCCAGAAGAUUGGAAGCGCCUUCCCUGCCCUCAGGCACCAGUUGACAAGCCUCAAUGCCACCUCCAUAGCCUGGGCCCGUCUCCAUAGCAUCAACGGCUCCAUGCAGGCCAUCGCAGACCAGCUGCAUGAGUAUCAACGAUCCACGAACAGGGCCAGGCAACAGGCGGAUGAGCUGGAAGAGGAGAACACAGACUUUGUUCAGGAUUUAAAUGCACUUCAACACAAAGCAACCAUGACCCAGAGAAAAGAAAAGCAAUUAACAGUCAGCACAGAAGAGAGCUACCAGCAAGCAAAGAGCCUUGUUCUUGAUAUCAGUAAAAUUCGGAACAAAAUUGAUGCACUUACUUACCAGAUGGGCACAAUUACCACUACAAACGCCAGUGCCACUUCUGCGGAGGAGUUCCGGCAGAAGAUGGCUGCAGUGGAUGCAAUGCUGAGGUCCAUGAAGGCUACUGAUUUUCGUUUCCAAAGAGCAACAGCUGCUGAGGAGCAUGACGAAGCUCAGAAACUGCUGGAUCGUGUGAAGGUUGAGCUUCUCAGCAAGCUGGAAUCCAACCAAGAACUGGUGGAUCACAUCAACAGCCAGUUGGAUCGAUACAGCUCGGAGCUGAUGGACCUGCGAGAUGCCCUGAAUGAAGCCGUGAAUAAAACGCGCCAGACGGAGGACCUCAACAGCCUAAAUCGUAAUCACCUGGAGGAAACCCAGCAAAAGAGCAAAGAGCUGCAGAAACAGUACGGCACCAUUCAGGAGACCUUGCGCAUGGCUGAAGACUCCCUGGCCCAGGUCUCCGACUUCCUGCAGAUAAUUGAAAGUAUCAAGGAGGAGUCAGAGAAGUUAGCAGCCCAGCUGGACGGAGCCAGAUACACUCUUUCAGAGAAGGCAAAGGAAUACUCCCUUGCUAGCACCAAGAUUCCCAUUGUAGAGAAGGCUGAAAAUCAUGCAGAGCUUCUGGACAAAUUAGCACAGAAUCUUUCCAGCAUCAUCCAUGGCACAAAUCAAGAUGGAUUUAUUCAGCGAGCCGUCAACGCCUCCAAUGCCUACAGCAGUAUCAUUGAAGCCGUCCGGAAUGCGGAGCGCGCAGCCAAUGAGGCGAACCGUGCAGCGGAUGAAGCAGUGAUGAAUGUCAUCUCGGAAGGUCUUGGGACAAAGUCAGAAGAGGAGAAGAGGAAAAGCAGCGCCUUAGAAGAAGCUGUAAAGAAGGACCAGAGAAAGCUCAGUAGAGAGAUCAAGGGAGCCCUGCAGGCUGCCAAGAACAGACUGGCUGGCCUCCAGACAAAGAAGGAGCAACUUCAGAAGCAGCUGCAGUCCGUGAAAAACACACUGGACAUGGUCCAAGAUGGCACAGCAGAGGCAAUCCAGAAUGCUAAAGAUGCUGCCAUGAGAGCCAAUGAGACAGUGGCCAGGAUGGAAGGCAGACUGAGUGACAUGAAAAGCAGUCUGGAUGAAUGGAAGGAGCGAUACGGAGACCUCAGAAGCGAAGAUUUAAAUCAAGCAGUUCGUGAUGCUAAAAAUACCGUAUCAAGCCUGGAAAGUACCCUCCCAGAGCUCCUAGGAAAGCUAAGCAAUCUGGAGAAUAGGAGGAGUCACAACGCAACCGUUUCAGACAAUAUCCUGCGAGUGCGGCAGCUGAUAUCAUUAGCGCGGAAUGCCGUCAGUAAGAUCAAAGUGCCAGUGAAGUUUAAUGGAACUUCAGGUGUGCAAGUCCGGACUCCUAGCAACCUCCAAGAUUUGGCAGCCUAUACCUCCCUCAAAUUCUUUAUCCAGAACCCGGAACCCAAACUGAGACAGAAGCGUCAAAGUGGAGAUGACUUGGGACGCUUUGUGUUGUAUUUCGGAUCCAGAGACGCCACCGGUGACUACAUGGGAAUUAUUCUGAAAGAUCGCAAGGUGCAAUGGAUCUAUAAACUGGGGGAUGAGGAACCAGCGUAUUUAACAGUCAACGAAGAAAUUGGGGACCAGUUUGCUGCAGUCAGCAUCAACAGGAUCUUGCAAUAUGGACACAUGUCUGUGACCAUGGAGAAGCACACCUUGCAUGAAACAAAAGGCGACAGUGUUGCCAAAGGACAGCAGGGACUGUUCAACUUCAAGCCCAGCAACCUGGUCUUGUACGUGGGCGGCUACCCUUCCAGCUUCAUGCCUCCUGCACCCCUGCGUUAUCCUAACUACCGAGGCUGCAUCGAGAUGGAUUCCCUCAAUGAAGAGGUGAUGAGCCUGUACAAUUUCCAGCGUACCUUCCACCUGGAUACGGCUGCUGAGAGGCCUUGCACAAGGUCUAAAUCAACAGGGGAUCCCUGGCUGACUGAUGGGUCCUACUUUGAUGGUACGGGGUAUGCAGAAAUCUCGUUUGAGAGCCAGAUUGGUACUGUCAAGCGCUUUGAACAGGAAAUGCGACUGGUGUCCUACAAUGGAAUCCUCUUUUUCUUGAAGCAUAAGAAUCAGCUCCUGUGCUUGGCGAUUCGAGAGGGGAAGUUGGUGCUAUACUAUGAUUUCAGUGAAGGCCUCAAAGUGGCCCCUCCAUCCAGGGACCCCGCCUCACUGAUCGUCAGCAGCAAUACAAAUAAAGCGAUCCAAAUAUUCCUCCUCAAAAUGAAUUCUAAGGAUCGCAUUCUGGUGCGUCUGGAACAAUCUACAGUCUUCGUGGUGGAGCAGCAAAACGCCUUACAAAACGGCACCUCCUAUUACCUGGGUGGCGUGCCCAUGUCUAUUCUGCCUGAAAGUCUGAAGAAAAUAUUCCCCAAAGGCGGAUCCAUCAGGGGCUGCAUGAAGGGCUUGAAGGCCCUCGGCAAAUACGUUGACUUGAAGCGCAUGAACACCACUGGAGUGAGCUAUGGGUGUACCUUGGACCUGCUGGUAGCGCGCUCGGUUAAAUUCCAUGGCCACGGCUUCCUGACGCUGUCGCUGAGGAAUGUCCCUUCUUUGCAAGAUUUCUACACGGGUUUCGGCUUCCGCACCAGCCAGAGCCAUGGCCUGAUGUACCAUCAUGAGACAGAGGAAGGGACCUGCCAGGUGUCCUUGCAGAAUGGCAGAGUGUCCGUCAGCCUCCUGUCGACAGAGCUCACCACCAAGAAUGCCUACGCGGACGACGUCGGCCACUACGUUGCCGUCUACAGCAAUGCCACAGGCAUCCAGCUUUACAUCGAUGACCAGCUCCAGGAAGCCAGAGAGUGGUCCGAUCGCCGCAGGAUGCCGAAGCAGCAAGAUGAGCCGGUGAUCUUCCAGCUGGGGGGCCUGCCCAGGGGCAGCGGAACUGGCAACCUCACCGGCUGCAUCGGGAACGUCUUUGUCAGGAGGAAAUCAGAGCCACAAAUGGUUGUGGACUUGCAGCAGAGCAUCGCGAGUGUCAAUGUGACCAUGAAUUGUCCCAGGGAGCGACAGCCUCAGCAGAUGAGGACAGCGGACAAGAAGGGCAGGUGGAAACCAAAGAUGGCAAGCAAAACAAUGCUGAAAGACCCGAAUUGCAACCUGCCCAAGUACCCAAAAGCCAUUAAGGAUGCCUUCCAAUUUGGCGGAUCCUCAGUGAGCCGCUGGGAAUUUGAUGACAUUCCAGCCACAUUUCAAGAAAGGUUCCAUUUCUCCAUGGAGGUCAAACUGAACUCAUCCAGUGGCUUGCUGUUUUACGUGGCAGAUGAAUCCCUGGCCUCCUUCUUCUCCCUCUUUGUGUCCAGUGGCCGCGUGGUGCUCUUGGCUGAUAUCAAUGGGCAUAAACUGAGAAUCAGGACCAAAGAAAAGUACCACGAUGGGAAGUGGCAUACGAUCUUCUACAGCAGAGACAGAAGCAGAGUGCAGUUGGUCAUCGAUGGACUGAAAUCCCAGCAGAAGCUGCUGCCGGCGGCUGGAGACUUCCGGGUCUCUGGACCUUUUUAUGUGGGUGGAGCCCCCAUGGAAAAAGCCAAGGCUCAUUUGCCGGACGCUUCUGCCAUCAGCUUCAAGGGCUGCCUCAGGCAUGUGCAACUGGACAGGAAGCCUCUUGUCUCGCCACGUAACGUGUUUGGCGUAACCCCUUGCUACGCGGGCCCUUUGGAAAGCGGCACCUUUUUCUCUGCUGAUGGAGGAUACAUAAUUCUAGACAGGACUGUCUCUCUCUGGCAGAGCUUUGAGUUGAUGCUGGAAAUCCGUCCAAGGAGCGCAGUGGGACUGAUAUUUCACAUAGGCGCAAAGCAAGCAAACUACCUCAGGCUGUAUACAGACAAGCAGAAGGUCACUGUGGCUGCAGGCAAUGGUGCUGGGGAGUUCUCCACUUCGGUGGCACAGCCUUUACUCUGUGAUGGCCAGUGGCACACGAUAGCAGUCAUGAAAGACGGCAACGUGAUCCAGUUAGAUGUAGACACAGAGGGGAAUUACACAGUCGGACCCGACCGAGCACAUGUUGCUGCCGUCAAAGAGAAUUUCUACCUCGGUGGAAUGCCAGAACUUCCCAACAGUGGCCUUGCUUCACCAUCGGGUCAUCUUCCCUCUUACAUUGGGUGCAUGAAGAACCUGGUGAUAAACAGUAACCAAAUCAACCUGAGGCAAGCUGGGACAGUCAAGGGUUCAGUAGGCCUCAAAGGAUGCCCAUUUAUGUAAACACGCCGUCUAUUCAAGUGCUAUGUCAGAAUUACAGAAAGUUGCAAUACCUUCAGUGAGGCCCAUGAGCUUUCUCUGUGGCAUAUAUGCCUAGGUUUUCAUUUCAGUCUGAACAGAGGGCUGUUUCCACUUGCCAGGUCUGCCUCUGGUACUGAACCAUGACUGUUCGGUGUCCUGUACCAAGGGCAGGUGUUUUUGGGGAAAGAUUCAGCCACUUUUACUAUUAACUGAUUUGCAAUCCAUGUGACCAUUCCCUCCUCAGAUGUCUGCAAUAUGGUAGUCUGAACAGGGCAAGGAGUAUGCAUAGUAGGUAUUUAUAAGGAAUACCAGGAGGUGCGCGCUCUCAUGUAUAAGUAUGGUCAGUAAUGUGCCUUAAAGAACUGUGCUUCACCCAACUGAAAUGCCAGAGGGACAUUGUCUAUCUGUAUGCCAAGGGGGGUUUUCUUGCUGACAUUCUAAAUUUGUAAUUUCCAAGCAGCUGGAAGCGUAAGAGGAAUGAAGUCUUGGCAAUGUUUAUGUGCUGAACCGAUUUAGCAUUCUAUGGAGAGUAAGAAGCUGGCCACUGAUCUUCAGUACUAUUUCCCUUGCCAUUUGUGUCAGGCAUCAGUUAUGCUUGAGCAAAAUGGUUUUUCUGCGUUUAUGGUGCUUCCCACUAAACCUUACCUCCAUCAACUCGAGAGACACUUUAGACAUCGCUUAAGGCAUAGGGAAGGGAUGCACAGGCACCUCCCCAUCCAAUGGACUGCCUCGUUCCUAGUUAACUGCCACUCAUUACCCAAGAACAGGGAGUGAGUGAAGCACCAAGCUGCCUCUUGCUGGAAAGGAAAAGGGCUAGCUGAGUCUUACACCACUAUUCCCUUACUUCUUCCUUGGUUUAACAUAUCCCCCUCCCCCUUGCAGUCACUAACUUCACAAACAUUUCAGUGUAUGUCUCAUUUGUGCACUUAAGAGAUGUCCAUAUAUAUGUGUCAAUUUAUGUGCGUGUGUGUGUGUGUGUAUAUAUAUAUAUAUAUCACCACAUUGAACAAGAACUGGGUUCUGAAAAGAACUUUAUAACUUAUCCGUAUAUCGGUUGUUUUAAUGCUGGGGUAAAUAUUGUAAAUGGGUUUAACAAUAUUUUGUCUCUUUUUCAACAAAUGCAUUAUGUUUAGAGAUGUACUAUUAAGGCAUGAUCUCUGUAAAUCACUGGUACAUACUUUUAAUUCAAAUAAAGUUUUAUGAUCUCUA